AUGGACCGCGGGCUGAAAGGUGUUCCCGUUGAAUUUGUUGUCCACAAACUCCAGACGAUUGGCCCAGAGCUGCUUGCAUCUUUAGGCAACGUUGUGCCCCCUUCGUCGAUUUUCCCUUCCAUCAACACGGCUGCCCUUCCCUCGGAGCUUGAACUACAUAUUCGAGAUCGCUCCCAGCCGCUCGAGGCAAUCCCCACACACUUACUCUGCGUGUUUAACCCACAUGCUGGCAAGGCAUCCAAAGGUCAUCUUUUCCCGGCCCAUUCGCUCGUACUCGCCUCGCAGUCGUGGAACUACCGGCUUCCGGUCGUACCCUUGCCUGUACCCCAUCCCGCCUCAUUUGGAUUCCUCAAUGCCUAUCUCUACACGCGCCGCAUCGACAAGGUUCUCGCCACACUCAUCCCCUUGCCUACUCAAACUCUCGCCGGCAUUAGCGCAGGCAUGGCUAAUCAGCCCGUGUGCGGCGCAAUCCCCCAGUUGAGCGCCGCAAUGGCCCGUACCUUCACCAUGCUCGCACUGCUCGAUAGGGCAGGCGUCAUUCACGGAAUGUGGAGCAAUGCAAGGCACUCGGCGUUGAUGAUGAACGGCUGUGGAAAGUUCUCGAGCUUGCCUGGGACAUUGUCGUCGCUGCCAUAUCAGCAUCUUCCGGAACGAAUGUUACGCCCAAGUCGUCAUGAGACACCCGUCCCGCCUUCCGCCUCCGUCAUUUCGCAUACUUCCAGGAUACUCUCCCAUCUCAUUCGUAUUUCGCAUUCAAGCCUCAUAACCUAA